AAAAUGAAAACAACUGCCGAACUUUUCAGAGAAGACAAAGUCUAGAACGGUAGAUUGUUGGUAAUGACACCCGUGAUUAAUUUUUAUAAAUUCAAGCCCCCAACACGCACGUUUUAAUCACAAUUUUACCGCGUGGAUCGCUAAAGAUUUCAUCUUACGACCGUCGGAAAAAUAUAUUCAAGAAAGUGCGAGAUGGCUACAAUUAAUAACACAGACCCACUAGGUGUGACAAAUGGAAUGAAAAAGGAAACCCCAUCAAACACAACACCAACAAAACCACAAGGAAAAUCACAGCUUGAAUCACUCCCCAAAGAAGAUCUUAUAAAAUAUGUCAAAAAGCAAGUUGCUCAGUUAAAACAAACUAAAGCCAAGUGUGAAGAGUUGACAUCGCAAUUAGCUGAUGAGAAGAAUGAGGUGCAAAGACUGGAGAAUGAAAAAAGAGAGUGGUUAUCGAGAGGGGUGCAUGCAGAAUUUGAGAAAAAAGACAAGAUUCUAAAGAAAAAUAAAGAACUUAAAAUGGCUGCUGAACUUGGAAAAAAGAUGCUUGAGGAGAAUGAUGAUUUGCGAGGAAUGUACAAUGAAUUGGAGCAGGAACAUGAAAAUACAGUUAAAGAGCUUGAAAAUGAGUUGUCAACUGUUGUGAUGGAGAGAGAUGGACUUCAGCAGUCACUUAAAGUUUUACAAGAGGAAUACCAAAGUGUUGUUAAACAGUCAAUGGAAUAUAAAAAUGCUUUGGAACUACAAGCUGUUCAAGAAGACAAAGCACAGGAACAAUUGCAGAAAGAUAAUCAAUCCUUGCUUGAGAAAAUUCAAGAACUUCAGCAAGAGAAGGAAAAAACACAGGAAACCUUAGUUAAGUUUGAACAAGACAAUCGCCAUCUUUUAGAAACCUGCAAGGAGCUGGAAGGUAAGAUUGAAUUGCUAAACAACCAGGCAUCCACAAGAAGUGAAGACUCAGUAUCACUUGCAAUGACAAAAGAGCUUCAAGCCAAAGUAGACAGGCUGAUGAGAGAAAAGGAGGAGCUUAUUAGAGCUGUAGAGUCAUCCUGUGAUUCCCAUGAUGAGAGACAAGGACAAGACAUACAAGAUCUGAAAGAUCAAAUAGAGAAACUCGUUGCAGAAAGAAGUGAACUUCAAAGCAGAUUCAGUUGCCUUGUGCAGGAGAGAGGGGCAAGUGUCGGAAGUGAGGGUAUGGGUCAAGUUUUGCGGGAACAUUCUUUGAUGGAAAGUGAAGACCUUAAACACAAGAAUGAGUUGCUGAGAAGCGAUCUGGAACUUUCUAGAAUAGAAGUGGAGCACCUUAGGAACGCACUGGUUACCAUGCGUACAGAGUAUGAGGGUCGGGAGGUUGCUGCUAGGGAUAUUGAGGAAAAUUUAGAGACAGCUGUUAAAGAAUGUGAAGAGAACAAGUUUUACGUCAAGGAACUUGGGGAUCAGAUCAACAAGUUGAAAGCAGAGAAAGAAAAAGCUUUGAAAUCACUAAAAACACUUAAAGUUAGUCAUGAUAGGCUGAAAAAUAAACUGAAAGAAAUGAGUUCCUCUCAGGAAGACUUAAGCAAGAUGUCAGUAAAGGACUUGCGGAAAACGCUUUCGGUGAUUAAGAUCGAGAAGGAAGACAUCGAAACAGCUUUAAAUGACAGCAGAAGAGAAUUACAGAACCUGGAACAGAAGAACAAGGAAACGACGGAUGAAUUUGAGAAACUCUUCGUUGAGAAUGAAGUGCUGAAAGAUUCAAUCACCGGUCUUCAGCAACAAUACAGAUGUGUUUCAGAAAAUCACGAGGCUGCAAAGAAACAGUUGGAAAAUGUAGUAUUUGAGAAGGAUGAACUCAGUCUGUCACUUAAGUCUCUGCAAGAAGAAUACAACAAGAUGUUGCAAGAAAAGCAGGGGCUACAACGCCAACUCGAGGAUCUAACUUCAGCUUUUGAGAGUCCACAAAGCAUUGCAACGGAAAAUACUCAGAGCACUUCAGAAGAUUCGAAAGAACAGCCAAGUGACGAACUGGCAAAGCUUACCAAACAAAUAAAGGAGCUAACAGCGGAAAAGAAGAAGUUAGUGAAAACGCUCACUGAUUUGAGGGAAAAGUUUGAUGCAACUGUUGCGGAGAAUUCCAAGAGAGGCAACCUAAUCCAGGACUUGAAGGAAGAAGUUAAAGUUAAUUUCCUUGCAAACCAGGAGCUCAAGAAACAAGUUGAAACAGCUGUUGAACUGGAGAAAAAACUUAAGUUGGAGCUGAAGAAAAAAGAAAAGGAUCUCAAAACAGAGCAGGACGAAAAGAAAGAUGGACAGAAACAACUGCAGUUUGCACAGAGUGAAAGAAACAAAGUACAGAGUGCGUAUGAUGCGAUAAAAAAGCAGUGGGAGGAACAUUUUACCUCUUGUGGUAAAGGUACUAAGGAAAAUGUGAAGAAGACAGAGAAACUCAUCGCAGAAAAGGAAAAGCUACGUAAGGCAUUGGACAGCGCUAAAGAGCAGCACAAUCUGAUGUCACAGCAGUACCAAGAUCUGCAAGAACAGUUAAAGAAUGUGUCUCAGGAGAGAGAUGAGCAUAAGAUCAAAGCGGAAUCGUUCGAAAAUCAUCUAAAAGAGGUGGAGGAUGGGAACGCUGCACUUAACAAGGAAGUUACUGACACUAAAGAAGAGAUGGAGUCGGUGAAGAGUGAAUUGUCACAGUUGAAAGAGAACCUUCAAGUCGAGCUGAAGGAAAAGGAGGAAUUGUUCUGCGGAUUGAAUAAUGCCACUCAAGAAAAGAAUAAUUUGCGGACUAGACUUCUAAGUUUGGAGGAAAAUAUUUCCUUCGCUGACAACGAAAGGAAAAUAUGCCAAGACAAAGUAGAGGCGACCUUAGGGGAAAAAGCUGAAAUCGAAAACAAGCUGUCAUCCCUGAUGGAAUCCUCAGAAACACAAAAGCAGGAGUUGAACAACAGACUGGAGAGAGCUGAGCAGGAAAAGAAAGAUCUACUCAGUAACCUUUCAGUUUUGGAAGAGAAAAUUUCAUCCGCUGAAAAUGAUCGAAACAUGUUGCAAGACAGAUUGAAUUCGCUUUCAGAGGAAAAAAGUGGAAUCGAAAAUGAAAUGGCUAUGUUGAGGGAGUCCUUGCAAACCUCAGAAAAAGAAAAGCAGGAACUUUGGGAGCAGAUUAAGAGUUCCUCGUCAGAGGAUAGCCAGCUGCAAGGCAUGGUGCAGAGCUUGGAGAAAAUGCUCCAUGAUACGGAGAGCAAAUAUCAAGAACAAUGCAGAAGUCUGCAGGAAAGCUGUCAGAAUCAAGAACAUUUACAAAGUAAGAUUUUGUCUUUGGAGGAAAUGACGAGAAACGGAGAGAACAUGAACAAGGAACUGGAGCAGUGCUUGUUGCAGAAAGAGGAAGAAUUGAGAUUAAUACAAAAUAAAACUGCUGAGAUGGAAGAUGAACUCCACACAGCACUUCAAGAAAAACAGGAACUUGAUAUGAAGCUCGCCGCCUUCCAAGAAGAGGCGACUGCUAGUGAAAGCGUUUCUGAAACCUUUGACGAGAAAGUUCAAGCGUAUGAACAGAAAAUGAAGGAUUUAACAGAAAAACUUGCCACUGCAUCGAAGGAAAAAGAAGCACUGGAGGAGAGAAUCACUGUUGCGGAAGAGAAGCUGACUACUAAAGCUGAGGAAAACCACAAGGAUUUAACGAACCAGUUGACAGCUUUGUCAGAGGAAAAUAUAACCCUUGAAAGCCACAAUAAGAAGCUACGAAGUGAAUUGCAAAAUGCAGAAGAAACUCAAGAGGGGUUGUCCACUCACCUAUCGUCUGUCUCUGAAGAAAAGAAUAUUCUUCUGUCCGAACUGAUUGCUCUUCAAGACAACUUUAUCCAGGAGCAGUGCAUUACUACGGACCUGCGUCAGCAGUUAGAUUUUGCUAGGAAUGACAAGGAACAACUGCAUCAAUCUUUGAAGCUGACUGAAGAACAGCAGACAACACUCAACGCCAAGUUAGAGGAUUCUCGGCGAGUAAUUCAAGAGUUAGAGAGUAAAACUCAACUGCUUUCAAAGCAAUUAAAGGAGGCGAACGAAGAGAAAUCUCACCAAGAAGCGGAGAUCGAAGAGCUAUUUAGAACGCAAGACGAUCUCCAAGCUAAAUACAACGAUGAAUUGAGAGAGAAGAAGGAGUUGAAUGAUUAUAUUGAGCAACUACACGAGGAGCUGGAGGAUCUUCAUGUACAAUUCGACGCGCUGUCGAAGGAACACAAGGAUUUAUCGGGAAGAUUAGCUGAAAUACAGUCAGGUCAAUUAUCCACAGAAUCGCUUCAUUACCAGCAACUUUCUGAGCUUCAAGAAAUAAACAGCGGACUACAACAGGAUAAUCAAAGCUUGAAGCAAACUGUCCAUACACUGAACACGUCCUUUGAAGAAAAAGGAAGUGAACUAACUGAGGCUUUAUGUGAACUCGAAGAAAACAAAAAAGAAUUGGAAAAACUCAACCCUGAAAUUAGCACACUGAGAGAAUCGCUUGCUUUGAAGGAUAACGAACUUACAGGGUUGAAAUCGCGAUUGAAUGAUUUUAGUCAGGAAAAGGAGACCAUGAGUGAGUCUGUUGGACUACUUGAUGAGAAAAUACAAAGGCUAAAUAACGAAAAGGAAGCGCUAGCCACGACCAUCGAGAAAUUGAACGAAAGUUUACAGGAGAGAGAUGUCCAGAUAGCUGAGUUAUCAACGAGUCUCGACCAAAACAAGAAUGAAUUGGAAACUGUUUCGGAGAAGUUGAGAAGCAAAGAAGAAGAGUUUAAGAAAGCUGUGAAGGCCGUGAAACAGCUGAAGCAGAAUUUACAGAAAUCACAAGAAAAAGUAAAGGCAUUGAAUAGCGAGCUGGAGGAAAGAGAGAAAUGCAGUGAUGGAUUGACUAAACAAACGGAGGAGUUUGGGGCUCUCAAAUCGAGUUUUGAGAAACUGAACGAAAGCUUUCAGGCGAAGGAAAGGGAAAUCAAUGACUGCAGGGAAAAUCUCAGUGGGAAGGAAAAAGAGUUGGAGAAUUUCCAAGAGUUUGUUGACAGUUUGAAUGCAAAACUCGAACAAACUUCCAUGGAAUUAGCGGGCUCCAAGGAAUUGAAUGUUUCUCUUUCUGAAGAGGUGCAAAUUUUGAACUUGCAGGUUAAAAAUCUCGAAUCGAGUUUACAGAAUAAAGGGAAGGAUAACAGCGAAUACGAACUGAAAUUGCAAGAACAUCUACGAGUUGAAGAAGAUCUGAGGUUGAAAAUACGUUCGAUGGAGGAACAGAUCAAUUCUCACCGCGAGGAGAAAGAGGACGUUGAAAAGACUUGCAAACUGAAUAAUGAAACGAUUGUUGCUCUUAAACAAGAUUUGCAGAUGCAAGAGAAUAAUCUUAUGGAUUUUAACGAAAAAACUGCUUCUAAAGAUAACGAAAUCAGGACAUUACUGGAGUGUAACGAGAGACUCACGCAAUCCGUUCAGGAAAAGGAACAAGAGCACGAGAAACUUAAGUCAGAAAAGAAAGAAUUGUGCGAGAAGAUCGAAUCUCUCAACCAAAAUAUUUCCUCAAAGGAGGAGAUUGAGAGAAAGUUAAAGAAAAGAAUGGAGACAUUUGAAAAGCAAACUGCUUCUGUAGAUAAAGAAUUUCUGCUCAAAGAGGAGGAAUUGCACCAAUUGAAAUCGUUGAUUGAGGAAAAGGAACAUUGCCUUGCUGAUGUGGAAUCGAAACUGGAAACGCAGCGGUUGAAAAUAAGCGAACUUGAAAAUGAACUUAGCGUUAAAAAUGAAACAAUUGAUCGGAGAGAGGAAGAAGUUCAGAAAUAUCAAAUGGUCAGUGAGGAAACCAAGAGCACAGUCUCGUCCCUCGAGUCAAAUGUUCAGACAUUGAAAGCAGAACUCGAAGGGAAGGUCAUGGAGGUGAAAAAUCUUCGGGUUCAACUGAGCGACCAGCAAACUGAAGUCGAGACUGUGCAAAAAACCAUAGCACACAUGAACAGCAAGAUGGAGUCAGGAGCUGAGGAGGCAUGCCAGGUUACGAAUAGGAUAGAAGAACUACAAAAGGAAUUAAGAACCACCGUAGAGGCUCGUGAAAUGCUAGAGCGCGAGAAUAAGGAAAAAGACGAUAAGAUGAACAAACUAAAACAAGUCGCCAUCAAAGCCAAAAAAGAACUGGAGAAUUGCAAGAAGCAGGGGAUAAUGACACGUUUGUUAUUUGUUAAUUGGUGUCUUCGAAAUGAUUAUCACUUUGUCGCGCAACUUGCGUUUCAGGAACUGCAAACCCAGCUAACUCAACUUCAAGAGGAACUGGAAAUAGAAAAAUCCAAGACGGCCAGCUCAUCUGAUAACAUGACGCAGGUUACGCAAGAACUGGCUAGUGUUCGCCUAGAAGCCGAAAAGCUGUUAGCUGAGAAUGAAAGUUUGAACAAAAAUUAUGAAUCGUUGCUUAAGGUUGUGGAGAGAGAACGUACUGAUUCCAAAGCAGAGCAAGAAAAGCUAAACUCACAAAUCCAGGAGUUUCUUAGAGAAACUGAGUUGCUAAAAACAGAAAGCAUCAAAAGUAUGCAAGACAUUUCUGAUCUCGAAAAGAAGUUUAAUAGUACCUCCAAAGAGCUGGAACAAGUCAACAAAGAGCACUCAGAGCUGUUAAAUAAACUGGAGAACACUGACGAGGGUUUGACGGAAGAACGGAGACGACACGAGGAGACAAAAAAUCAACUGGAAACAACUAAACGACAAUUAGAAGCUGCAGAAAAGGAAGCCAACCAGAGCAGUUUGAUGAGCUUAGAGAUGGAGGAUUAUCAGAAAUCCCUGGAGGCGCUGCAGAACAAACUCUCGGAGAAGGAAAAGGCUCUACAAGAUUCACUGGAGGAAGUUUCUCGAGUGGAUAAAAAAGCGGAUGACUUCAAAACUCAGAUAGAAAUGGUCGACAGUCAACGGCAACAAGCCGAAGAGAGAGCACUGAAAAUGAAAGCCAUGCUGGUGAAAACUAAGAAAGAACUCGCUGAGGCCAAAAAGCAGGUUGUGGAACAAGAGGUGAUUGAGUCACAAUUGAAAGGACAGUUGGAAUCCGCCACUCAGGAGGCAGAACAAUACAAGGUUCAAGUGUCCUCUCUUACCGCCGAAAGCCAAGGUUACCAAGAGCAACUUCGUUCUUCAACGGAUAGCAACAGGCGAGCUGUGGAAACCUUGGAAAGUAAACUGUCCAAAAUGAAAGCCGAGUGGGAGAGUUCCAAACUGGCUCACGAGGCCACGCGGGCUGAAUUUGAAAGCUACAAGACUCGUGUCCACAGUGUUCUUAAACAGCAGAAAACCAAAUCAGCACCGCAGGCUCCUGAGCUUGAGAAUUCUGAGAGGACUCGUUUAGAGCAAGGCAUUGAACAGUUGAAGAGCAAGUUGCAGGAAGCCAACGAUAAAUGUAGCAUGCUCCAAAACGAAUAUGAUGAACUGGAAAGCGAGCACGAACGACUUACGGCCCGACACAGCAAGUUGAUACAAGAUAUUGAUAACAAAGAGGCCCACUGGAAGGAUAGGUUUGAACGGCUGAAGUCUGAGCGAAGCACUACAAAUGAGGAGCAUUUGGCUGCGAUAAGACAUAUGACAUUCCAGAACGAGUCUGUAGCCGCCACAUUCAAGGAAAAACUUGAAGUCAUCGAAGGAGAGCAUCGAGCCCAGUUAGCAAGCCUGCAGCAGAAAUUGACUGAAGCUGAAAGUAAGUUGAGCAAGUUACAUCAGGAAAAGCAACAACAGUCCCAGCAGUCAAUUGUGAGGUCUCGCUCACCACCAGACCUCGCGCUACAAAGGGCAACGGAAGAGCGACGGCCUGGGGAGGGCAUGGACCAGAGUGAGUUGGCAGAAACCGACUCAGCGCCAAGGGUCAAUUCUACUCCCACCACUCCUGUGUCACCGACCAUGGCCUCCACUCUUGAGAAGAUCCUUUCUCCAACGUCACCGACUACUCCGACUUCUCCAAGAGAUGAAGCACUAAGAGGUCCUCCCCUGGACGAAAAUCUGCUGCUCUCGAACAUUGCAACUGCCAAUAAGAAAGUGGAACAUCUGACCGAGUUAUUGCGUGAGAGUGAAGCGAAUUCCAUGAGACUGUCCGAGCAGGCGAAGGUGUUAAAAGAAGAGAUAAGAAGACUUGAAAGAAACCAGGAGCGGGAGAAAGAGUCAGCAAACUUGGAGUAUAUGAAGAAUGUCAUAUUACAGUUCCUGAAGUGUCGUCCGAAUGAACGCGAACAUUUAGUUCCAGUCCUCACCACCAUGUUGAAGCUCAGUCAGGACGAGAAGGACUUGAUAGUUCAACUUGCGCGAGGAGCUGAAAAUGAACCAAGUGAAGAAGGAGGAGGUUGGAGCAGUUAUGUUUACCGCUGGACAUCUUUUACGUAAAAAGUUGUGCUGAAGGGGAGAGGUGCAACCAGAAGACGAUAGAACAAGAUUGACGCUGAAAUACCUAAAGCUGUUGUAAGCGAAAGUAACAUGCAAUUUAAAGGUGUGCCGUUUCAUGAAGAAAACUUUCAAAUCUCUUUAGUUCUUGAAAUGGUAGAGAUUUAGAUCAAAUGAGAACGCAGGGGGAGGAAGAAGAGCUGUGGUUUUCUUUUAAUCUGAGCAAUGCUUCGCAUUGGUAUACCGUGUACAUAGUGUUUGUUUUAGCUUUCUGUUUUCCAGCUUUUGAACUAUUUUCGUUGGUUCUUAUUGAUUGGGAAGAAAAGGAAACUUGCGCCAGCUACUCAGCUAAUCUGAUGCAAGUGAGGUGAAAGAUGAUUUUAAAACAGUUUUUACGUAAUAACAUACGGUAUAUCACUAAAAAAGCAAUGUACAUUUCUCUAUUUUCAUAAGACAUUAAUUCGACUACUAUAGUAUAAUUCACACAGAGAAAUCCUGUGUGUCACAAUGAAUUCAUUUGGUGACAUGGAUCAUAUGACCAAUAUUUUUAAAAAUUCAAUACGACUGUAUGAACGAGGUCCUGAAAACAAGAUGAGGCUUAAAAAGAUCAGGGAACACUAUUCGGAAUUGAUUCAAGAUCGUAAAGCUUCAUUGGUUAUAAUUUUCCUUCUCUUCAAAGGAAUUGAAGAUGUCAGCUUCCCGCACAAGCAUUUUGUUCACACGAGAUAAAUUUUUCGCCAAAAAAUGUGACAUAUUUAAUAGAAAAAAUUGGUAACUUUGAUAUUAUCUCACCAUGACCAAGAUUUCAGUUUUUCAUCCUAGUCUAAGUUUUUAGAUACCUCUACCUUUUCAUUUAAAUAUAGCGGACAGUAAAGCGGAAUAGAGUAGUGGAUGAAGUUCGACUCAAAGCUAUUUUCCGAAGAACAUUUGUUACUUUUGUCACUGAAGUUUUUCCCCUAUAUUUCACCCUCAUAAUUUUUGUUUCGUUGCUUCUAGAUAAUUUAGAAUAUUUACUGACGCCAAGUGGAGUCGAAGUAACCUCUGCUUCAGUUAAAUUUCGGAUACUACAUCACAUGUUAUUCCUAAUUUUAAUAACCACGGGAAAUAUAAAAAAAUUCGAUUUUUAUCGUGGAUGGUAAAUUAAAUUAAUUUCGAUUUCAGUGCAAAAUUUAUCGGUGCCAACCAUUGAUGUUAUUUAUUAUCAAAUAAUAGAAAUGCAUAGAUAAGUUUGGUAAAUAAAGUCGUCCUUAAACCGAAA